AUGACUAGAAUAGACGGUCAUGGUGGCUCAUGCAAUUCGCCUGACUUUGGUUGGUGUACGACUCCUUUAGUGGUGUACUUAGGGGGCUUUACUCCUUCCUUGCUGUUGAGUGGGGCUUUGGAUCUCUGUGAACCUAUCAAAGAUUUGCAUGUGUCAGCAGAUUGGUCAUGUAAUCAUACAAAAAGAGAAACAACCUGUUCGUUUGAAUGCCCUCAAGGAACAAGUUCAGAAUCUCACUCUGAAAAUGUAUACCAUUGUAAUCUGGAUGGUACUUGGGUUCCUAGUUUUGCUCCCAAAUGUGUUCCAAUUAACGUCAUUGAAGCUCCUGUCUUGCACAACUCAAUUAAAUUUUCUAGAGGUCAAUUCAAUGCAAAAUCUUCAAAAAGCACCUGCUCAUUGUGGGGCAAUACACAUGUACGAAACUUUGAUAGUGGCAUCUAUAGUUUUGAAGGACAUUGCUCCUAUCUUCUAUCUAAAGACUGUGAACAAAAUACUUAUGCAAUCCACAUUCAGAAUCUGGAACCCUGUGAGUCUACAUCAUCUUGCAGGGUAGCUUUAGUUAUCUAUAUUGGCUCCUAUCAAUAUGUGCUGUCCAGUGGUCCUGAAGGCCCAUCUGUUCAGUUUGAAUUGCAGAUGCUGCCCAUUCCUACGGUCAUCAAUGGACUAUUAUUUCAAAUGCUGUCCGACUAUGUCACUGUCAAGAGUUCUUUGGGCUUUAGGCUGAAAUGGAACAUGAAAAAUGGCAUUUCCCUGAGUGUGAACAAUCAUCUCAGAAAUAAGACGUGUGGGUUGUGUGGAAGAUUUGAUGAUUCCAUCCUCAAUGAUCUAGAACUUCCUGACGGUACUAUUACUGACAAUGUGGAGGGAUUUGUAAAUAGCUGGAAUAUGGAAAACUUGGGAGAAAAAUGUUUGAAUAAAGCUGUGGUUAAAGACUCAUGCAUCACAAAUCAAGAAAAAGCAAGGAAAGCUGAUGAGCUUUGUGGUGUUAUUUUCAGUGAGAAAUUCUCUAGUUGUCACCAGCUCAUUGAUGCAAAUGUUUAUUAUGAGGCUUGCAAAAUGGAUCAUUGUAGUUGUACCUUGCCAGAAAGUUCCUGUUAUUGUGACUCAUUAGCUGAAUAUUUCAAGGAAUGUAUUCAGCUUGGUGGAACAAUUAAUGGUGGAUGGAGAGCUGAAAAUCUGUGUCCUUUGUCUUGUACAAAUGGGAUGAUCUACAAAGAUUGUGGUUCAUCUUGUCCAAAAACUUGCAAAGAUACAGUGUAUGAUUGUGAAGAUGAUCAAUGUGUUGAUGGUUGCCAUUGCCCUGAUGGAACCAUUUUAAAUGAUGGACAAUGUGUCACGCAACAAAGCUGUCCCUGCUUUCAUAAUGGCAAAGAAUAUGCUCCAGGCUCAAGAAUCCUUCAAGACUGCAAUGCAUGUGAAUGUGUUGCUAGCAAGUGGGAAUGUACAAAAGAAGAAUGUGAAGCCAAAUGUUCAUCCUCUGGUGAUCCUCAUUAUACCACUUUUGACGGUUUAAGCUAUGAAUUUUUAGGUAGUUGUUCUUAUUUCUUAGUAUUUGUGAAUGAAUCAUUCCACAUCAUUCAGGAAGCAGGACCAUGUUCUGCUGGAGCUGAAUCUGGUGCGUACUGUACUCAAUCUAUCAAGAUUAUCUACAAUAAUGAGUCCAUCUUGCUGAAACCUGGAAUUCAGGUCACCAUUAAUGAAAGGAAUGCAGAUUUGCCUAUUAUUGAGAAUAGAUUUUCUGUUUCGAUGCCAACUAAUAUAUUUGUAAAGGUAAAUAUUGACAAUGGCUUGUCAUUAUUAUGGGAUGGUGAGAAUAGAAUUUAUAUCUAUGUUCCACCCACAUUUUUUGGACAAACUAUGGGCCUAUGUGGUACUUUCAAUCACAUACAAAAUGAUGACUUCUUGACUCCAGACAAAAUUAUCGAAGCAGAUGUGGAAACUUUUGCUUCGAAAUGGCAAGCUAGUGAUAUGUGCAAUAGGAGGUCCCGCAGGUCAAGUAGAUCGCCUUGUGAAUCAGAGCCACAAAAACUUGAUGAUGCUAAAAUGCUUUGUUCCACUAUAAAACAAAAUGUGUUCAAAGAUUGCCAUACAGAAUUAGAUCCAGACAUCUAUUAUAGAGGUUGUGUGAAUAAUUUAUGCCAUUGUGGUGACAACUUGAAGCAGUGCUUAUGCCCUCUUCUUGCAGAUUACAGUUUAUCUUGUGCCGAAAAAGGCAUUAAGAUUGACUGGAUUGAUAAAAUAUCAGCUUGCAAACUUGAAUGUCCUGGUGAGCAAGUAUAUCAAGAAUGCACCAAUCCUUGUCGAAGCAGCUGUGCUGAAAUAGCUUCAGAUAUUUUUUGCACCACACAGUGCAUACAAGGAUGUGCUUGCCCAAAUGGUAUGACUUUGAACAGUGAAGGAUUCUGCAUAGCAAUCGAUCAGUGCCCUUGUAUAUAUGAAGGGAAGGAAUUUCCACCUUUCAGUACAACUGUUCAAGGCUCAAACGUAUGUAAGUGUGAAAGUGCUCAGUGGCAAUGUCAUGCAGCAUCUUUAAAUGAAAUCAUAUCUCUAAGUCCAGAUCAGAGGAAAAACUCAAGUACUGUUAUUCAGUGUAACCCUGAAGAACAUCUAGAAUUCACAAGUUGCAUGGAGCAAUGUCCAAGAACAUGCCAGAAUUCUCUUCUUCCUUUGAAUUGUGAGAUACAAGACUGCAAACCAGGUUGCAGGUGUUUAGAUGGUUUCAUUUUUGACUCUGAUAAAAAUAGAUGCGUUCCUGAAGACCAGUGUAGUUGCAUGCAUGGAAAUAAGCAAUAUGAGGAAGGAAGUGUUAUCAAACAAUCUUGCAACUUAUGCUCUUGCAAGUCGGGAUUGUGGAAAUGUACAGAAAAGUUUUGUCCAGGUAUCUGUACAUCUUGGGGUGAAUCUCAUUUUAAGACAUUUGAUGGAAAAUUUUUUGAUUUCCAUGGUAGCUGUGACUAUAUUGUUGCCAAAGGGAAAAUCAGCGGAGCCUCAUUCAGCUUAAGCGCUCAGAAUGUUCCUUGUGGGACUAGUGGAAUCACUUGCAGCAAAUCUUUCAUUCUAGAACUAGGCCCUUCUGAAAUUACAAGAGGUGAUGAAGAGAAACUAAUAUUAUCACUGGAAGAAUCUGUUCCUAACACUCGUUAUAACUCAAGGUUUGUUGUUGUUGAAUCUGGGUUGUUUGUUUUAGUUUAUACUGACGUUGGAGUUUCACUUCAGUGGGACAAAGGAACCCGGUUAUAUAUAACAUUGGAUCCAAAAUGGCGAGAAAGGGUCAAAGGCCUUUGUGGUAAUUUCAAUGAUGAUCAAACUGAUGAUUUUUUGACUCCUUCUGGAGGUAUACCAGAAACAAGAGCUUCAAUCUUUGCAGACAGUUGGAAAAUCCAUGAGUACUGUCCACAGCCCCAGACAAUUGAAGAUGCAUGUGAAUUGCAUCCACUGAGAAAAAGCUGGGCACAGCAAAAGUGUGGCAUACUAAAGUCAGAUGUUUUUGCAAAUUGUUGGUCUGAAGUUCCUCUUGACCAUUUUUAUGAAAGGUGUGUGUUUGAUUCUUGCGCUUGUGAUACGGGGGGAGAUUGUGAUUGUUUAUGUACUGCUAUUGCUACGUAUGCUUAUGAAUGUAGUAUGCACGGAAUCCCUAUCAAGUGGAGGAGCCAAGAACUUUGCCCCAUCCAAUGUGAAGAGUGUUCCACCUAUGAUGGUUGUGUUCCUUCUUGCCCUCCCAAAACAUGUGAAAAUAAGUUUCUUUACGGGAAGAUUUCUGAAAACUGUUUGACUGGUUCUUGCACAGAAGGUUGCAAGCCAAAACCUUGCCCUCCUGGACAAAUCUACAACAAUGGAAGAGAAUACAAGUGUGUGCCUCAGACAGAUUGCGUAGUCCCUUGCCUUGAAGUUAAUGGCAAAGUCUAUAAUGAAGGAGACAGGAUUACAGAUGUUGAAAUAGUUGAUGCUUGCCAGUCAUGUCACUGUCUCAAAGGAUCCAUAAGCUGCUCUGGAAACCCUUGUGCCAACAUAGAAGCCCCA